AUGUAUUCCGAUCGAAAGAGCAUCCUGGUCACCGGUGCCAAUGGCUAUCUCGCUCUACAUGUCAUCAAAGAAGCGCUCAGCAAGGGCUACGAUGUCCGCGGCACCGUCAGGUCCCAGAAAGCCGCCGAUAAAGUCCGCGCAACAUUUCCUGCAGACUACGGAGCCAGACUCGCAACCACCUUCGUUGAAGACUUAACCAAGCCGGAUAACUUUCGCGAUGCCUUCGACAAUAAUACCGUUGGCGUCAUUCACGUCGCAAGCCCGGUCCAUGGCCACGUCGAAGACAACGUCCGAGACAUGCUAGACCCGGCCAUCAAGGGCGCAGUUGGAAUCAUGAAAGCCAGCAAGCUGUACGCCGGGCCUUCGUUCCAGCGCGUGGUGCAUACUUCUUCUUUUGCCGCCAUGCUAGAUGUCUCCAAGGACCCACGAGUCGGAUACGUCUACGACGAGUCCGAUUGGAACCCGACGACCUUUGAAGAGGCCGCUACCAUCCAAGACCAUGUGGCCCUCUACGUAGCUUCCAAGGCUCUCUCGGAAAAGGCUGUCUGGGACUGGGUGAAAGACAAUAAACCCGACUUCGACAUUGCCUGCCUGAACCCAGCCACGGUUUUUGGCCCUCACCUCGAACCUCUUAAGAACCUCGAUGAGGUGACGUCGACAUCGAAGCUUUUGUGGAAUCUCGUGGAUGCGAAGGAAAUACCGAAACUUCUAUGGGCCGGAGCGAUUGAUGUUCGCGAUACUGCGGCUAUGCUGGUGGCCGCACUCAAAACGCCUGCUGCGGGUGGUCAAAGAUUCCUGUUGGCACAUCACUUUGACUGGCAGACCGCUGCUGACGUCGCCAGGGAGCAGUUGUCGGAGGAGAUUGCGGAACGCAUUCCGGUGGGAAUUCCUGGUACUGGCAAGGCUUGGGCACUGGACAGUCUGUACCAGGUGAACGGACGCAAGGCAGUUGAUGUACUGGGUAUAGAGUAUCGUCCCGUAUCGGAAACGGUGAAAGAUACCUUGGAGCAGUUCUUUGAGGUGGAAAGAAGCACCAGAAGCUAG